CUUUACUCUUUCGAGCCCUCUUCCCCUCCCCACGCCCUGUCCUUCCUUCUACCAUCCUAUCCUUCCUUCUACCUAGACCUUCCUCCUUCCCUUCCUCCUCUACCGCCCGUCAUUUGUUGCUGCUCUUCUGCCUUCCAGCCUGCAAAUUUCCUUGUGACAUACUCUCUCCAUCGCUCCAGUAUAUCUUCAUCUCUUUCCCGUUAACGAUUUCCCCCUGUUUACUUUAACCUUGUCAUCAUCUCAUUGUCAUAUUUCGAUUCAUUACUUCAGCAAAAAAAGAAAAGAAUCGUCUCAUCUGCAUCACCUCUGUCUUACCACACUUGACGUCUAAUUUUAUUGAAGCAUAAAAAAAAAAGAGGACUGACAUUCGACUAUGAAGUUGUCAAAAGCAACCACGUUUCUGACCUUAUAUGCUGCGUUCCUCUUGGCUGCGCUGCCGUCUGAUGUCCAUGGUCAAAGUAUCUCUUCCCUUUUACCUUCUUCUAACCACCCUGCUACCACGACAUCAGCCAGAGCGACCACAACCACGACAACCGUACCUGUCACCAACAAUCCUCCUACGCAAACCCAUACGACUCCUGCUCAAAAGACGACGACUGUAGCCAGCUCGGCGAAUCGAUUGUCCACAAACACUCAAAGCGCACUCCCAACCACAACAACAAGUUUACCCAUCCCAAGCAACAGUGAUACCUGCGUAAACUCUUCUACAUGUGCUGAAGGCCUUGUGUGUGCAGCGACAAAUGGCACAGCGGGUACGUGCCAGCAGUUUGCUUAUGUCUGCCAAUCUAGUCCAGCUCUGACUUGUGUGACCAGCGCAGAUUGCCCCCUGGCAUUCUCACUCUGCACCGAUGUAGAGGGCCAAAGAAUUUGCGCAGGACGGGGCAUCCCCGGCACUACUAACGAGUGUAAAGACCCCAAGGAUAGUAGUUUGCAAAAUACGCUCAAAUAUGCAGGCAUUGCCGUUGGAUCAGUUGCUGCAUUUGCAGUCGUAUUUGCUCUAGUUCGUUGGAAGAGACGUCGUCAACGCAGUGGUGUACCUGCAGAGAUGUUUGGGGAGGUUGAUUAUGGCAUGGCCGACCGUAAUGGCUCGUCAAAGCCUGUAGAAAACUAUCCAUUCUCUAGCCGACCCAAUGCCCAUGGAAGUGAUUAUGCUCCUUCGCCGUUUGAUUACAAUGGUGGAGGUGGAGGUGGAGGUGGAGGUGGCCGUGGGUAUGAUGACCAAUACUAUGCAGAGCCUGUUGGAUAUAACAACAUGCAUUCUGGCAAGGUGCGACAAGAUCAAUACUAUGGUCAUAAUCAGUAUGAUAAUAAUCAGUACAGUGGCGGCUAUGAUCACCGCAAUGAUGGUUUCUAUGACCACGGUGGAUACGAUGGCUAUCAACACCAUCCAACUUCGCCAGCGCCUGUCGCACGGACCACUUCAUCUCGCCAUCAAAACUCCAAUACAAUGGAUAACUAUGGUGCUGAGCCUUCAGAGCUGGACUUUGGUGGGCAUGGCAGAUAUGGUGGUGGUGGCCGUUACUAGAAAUAUUUUGUUGGAAUAAAAAAAGGCCUGUGUUGCCAUUGCACGUGAC